CUGCGGGAGAAACAAGCGGCGGAGCGUGGGUCUCUCCGCCUUCCUCAGCGAGUCACGCUGCGAUCGUUGAACCAGCCCAUCAUCUGCCGACAAGUUCCACCUGAACCGAAAAGUUCAUUUCCUUUUCUCCGCCUCGUGUGGUUGCGUCGCGUCACGACAGAAGACGGCGGCAGGCCUGGAGAGCCAUGGCGCCAUGAUACGCAGAACCAUCCUCUCGACGACGAAGCGUGGACACGCGCCGGGCUGCACCGUCCGGGCCUUCUCGCACUCUCCGCGUCGCCAUGAGAUCCGAGACGUCGCUGAGCUGCAGCCGCGCAUCGCUCCCAAGUUCCUAGAAACCAAGCAGAACGACCUUUUGUGCCUGCAGUGGCCCGCCCCUCCGCGCAACGUGCUCAUCACAAAGAAGAAUCGCGUCCCCCACAUCGACGAGGCCGUAGUCGAGUUUGGCAGGCACAUCACGUCCACCUACCCAGACGUGUCCCUCAUCUUCGAGCCCAAGGCGGCCGAGGACCUACAUUCCCUGUUCCCCUUCCCCGUGUACUCCACAAACACUGCACAGGCGGGCACCAAGGCUCUGCAGGAUAAGGUCGACCUCGUGUGCUCUCUCGGUGGCGAUGGGACCAUCCUGCGCGCUGCGUCGCUGUUCGCCACCACGCGGAACGUUCCCCCGGUCCUGUCCUUUAGCAUGGGCACGCUGGGGUUUCUAGGCGAGUGGAAGUUCAAGGAGUACAAGCGCGCCUUCAGAGAGGUCUACAUGUCCGGUGCGUCCGCGGGGUACGGCAGCGCGUUGUUCGAAGGCGAGGAACCCGUCCAUUCGGAUGCCAGAAUCGCCGAGGCCUCAGGCCCUUCCGAAGAGACUCCGCAUGAGAAGAGCACAAGACCAGCCGGGUGGUCGUCCAUCCGCGGCAAGAGCAUGGGCCAGCAUCGAGGGUCCCGCAUCCUGCUUCGCAAUCGUCUCAAGGUUGGCAUCUUCGGUCCGGACGGUCAGCGCGUUGUGGCAGGUGCGGUUCGCUCGAACGCGAUGUCACCUCCAAGCGAAGUCUACGCAAUGAACGAAGUCACGAUGCACCGCGGCGCCGCCCCGCACCUCACCAUCAUCGAAAUCUCCAUCGGCGGCCGCUUUCUCACGGAGGGUGUCAGCGACGGCAUCAUCGUGGCCACCCCGACCGGCUCGACCGCGUACUCGCUGUCCAGCGGUGGCUCCAUUGUGCACCCGCUCGUGCCCUCCCUGCUCAUGACGCCCAUUUGUCCGCGCAGCUUAAGCUUCCGCCCGCUCGUCCUGCCAGCCAACACGCCCAUCUCCCUGCGUCUGAGCGAGAAGAACCGCGCAGAGGAAGUGGAGGUGAGCAUCGACGGCGUGAGGCGAGAGCAGGGCUUGCGCAGAGGCAUGGAGAUAAGAGUCUGGGGCGAGGGAAUCAGGAGCGCGGACGGCGUCUGGGAAGGGGGAGUGCCGAGCGUGGUGAGAGGCUCCAACGGCAGCGGGGACGUCAGCGGGGAGGAUCAUUGGGUCGGUGGAUUGAACGGGCUGCUGAAGUUCAACUAUCCAUUUGGAGAGCCAUGAGUGGAACUUGUGUCCGUCGAGCAAAUGCGCAAAAUUUGCAUUCGGAAGGGGGGACUAAACAUAUAUGUAUAUGUGUAUAUAUAUAUACUAGCGUGCACUGCUAGAUAAAAGAUGCACGAUAAUUUGACUGUCCCUUUGCUCAUCCCCAG